UGGAGAAUUCGUUGGCCUAAUCAAUCAACGUCUUCGCGCCCGAGCCAGUGAAGAGGAGAGUUUCAAGACCGCACGUGCCAGUCUGGUGAACAAUGUGGAACAAUGUCGACAGCAAAAGUCAGUUCUGUACCGUUUAUUUUUUUUUACAAUCACUUCGGUUCAGUUUUUGCUAACUCAUAACCCGCCUUUUGAGUACAGAGAUUUCGGUCGCCGCAACGGUAGUUUGUAA